AUGUUUUUGGAGACGCAUCCAAGGAGGCAUUUUCCACCACAGUCUAUGCCAGAACACAGAUGCCUGAUGAGACCUCGUGUGAGGCCGAUAGUGGCAAAGACGAGGCUUUCACCAUUGAAGACGCCAUCAAUCCCAAGACUAGAGUUAUGCGCCGCUGUCUUGGGGACGAUAAUAGUUGAAAAAGUCAAGAAGACACUUGAAAGUGGACGAGAUGCUCAGCCCUUGAACGUCACGUACUGGAGCGACUCCAUGAAUGUCUUGUACUGGAUAAGACGUCCCGGAAAAGAAUUCAAGACCUACGUCGCAAAUAGAGUUGGUGAGAUCCAGGAGAGAAGCUCAGCCGACCAAUGGAGGCAUGUACCUACAAAGCAAAACCCAGCAGAUCUACCCACCAGAGGUCUUAGUCUUGGAGAAUUAGCUGAAUCUCAGCUCUAG